ACGUUGCCCCACAAGAUCUCGCUGGCCAACGGCUUUGAAGUUGGCACUGUGUUGAGAAUUCGUGGUGUUGUCCCCGAAGAUGCUAAAAGGUCCCUGUGGACUUGGAUGUGCUUCGGCAAUCGGUUCUACAUAAACCUGCUGUGCAGUGACGAUCCAGACAGUGAUAUCGUCCUGCAUUUCAACCCCCGGCUGGAUGAAUCCUCGGUGGUCAUGAACACCUGGAAAUGCGGCGAGUGGGGCUUAGAGGAGCUCGGCUUUGGCCCUUCCUUCCAGCGUGGGGAGUCCUUCGAUAUGCUCAUCAUUGCCGAAGAAAAAGGCUUCCAG